AUGCUCUCAUACGCAGUCGUAGGCGGAUCGCGUGGUAUAGGAUUGGAAUUCGUUAGACAGCUGUCUACGGUCUUUGCCAUGCUAGUGCGGGACAAAGCCAGGUCUUCGUACCUAGCUUCGGUCGUUGCUACAGCCAGCAACCAUAUACACGUCCUCCAAGCCGAUGUCGUGGAUCAUGAUUCACUGAUGGAAGAUGUUUCCGAGUCUCGCGACAUGACGGCCGGCUGA